AUGGGUCUGAAAGAUGUUGGUUUCAUUGGCCUUGGUGCUAUGGGAGGUGGUGUGGCCAUCAACCUUGCAAGAGAGGGAUACAAUGUCAAGGGUUUCGAUUUGGCACAACCGCUAGUUGAUGCUCUGGUCAAGGAAGGCGGCAAGGCAGCAAAGACACAACAAGAGACUGCCACAGAUGUCGAGUACCUCUGCAUCAUGGUCGCCAACCACCACCAAACCAGCUCUGCCCUCUUUGACGGUGACCACCCGGCCAUCAAGGGACUUGGCCAGAACAAGACUGUUAUCCUGCUGUCAACAACUCCUCCUGCCUACUUGCACGAACUGAGACAAAAGCUGGACGAUGCCGGCAGAUCAGAUGUCAAGCUCCUCGACUGCCCCGUGUCCGGAGGCACUAUCCGUGCUGCAAACGGUACCCUCUCUAUCUUCGCCGCCGGCAAGGAGGAAGAUGUCGAGGCAUCAAAGGACAUCCUCAACACUAUGUCUGGUAACCUUUACCGCAUCCAGGGCGGCAUCAGCAGCGGCACAAAAGUCAAGACCAUUCACCAAUUGCUCGCCGCCACGAAUAUCAUCCUCGCCUCGGAAGCCAUGGGUCUUGCUGCCACCGUCGGCCUCAACACCCAAAAAGUAUACGAACACGUCAAGGCCAACGAUGGAACAUCCUUCAUGUUCGAGAACCGCGCACCUCACAUGCUUGCAGACGACUGGUCGCCUCUUUCAGCCCUAGGCAUCAUUCUCAAGGACGCCGGCAUUGUUACAGCCACCGCUCGCUCAGGCUACUUCCCCACACCCCUCGCCGACUGUGCCGAGCAAUGCUAUCUGCAAGGUCUGCAAGCAGGUCUCCUCAGAGACGACGAUGCAAAGCUGGUCACCAUGUACAUCCCCUCAUCCUCGCCCUCGCUAGUCAAGGAAAACUCCACCGCAGACGUCAAGAUGCACUCGAACCACCAAGUCAGCGCCGACACCGUCAACGACCUGCUCGCUGGUGUCCACCUCGCAGCCAGUGUAGAAGCAAUGGCUUUCUGCAAGCACCUAGAAAUGGAUCGUAAGCUCAUGUGUGAGAUCAUCUCAAAGGCUGCUGGUUGGUGUGACAUGUACACCAAGCACAUUCCUGCCAUGUUGGAGAAGGAUGAUUGGAGUUUGGCAUCAUGUGCUGCUGCCGAGGAUGUCAGAAGGAGAUUGGAGGCUGCCGUUGAGAAGGCAAGGGCCUUAAAAUACCCUGUCCCUAUGGCUUCGGCUGCUCUGCAGCAAUUCUACUUUGCUGGUCUUAGAGGUUAG